UUGAAUCAGAGAGCAACUCCAGGGGAUGCGUUUGUUUGGUCAUUUUCCAAAAGAUCGCAGAAACUAAAUUCCAGUGUCAGGAAAGGAAGACGAGAAGGAAGGAGAAACAACGACAGUUUCACAAAUUUUAAAAAAAGCAGAACCGGAAGAGCAAAAACAAACACCCCCUCUCACUCUCAGUAAAGUAAUAAUUGUUUUCCACCUUUACUUAUUGCUGGCUGGCUACCAGAGAGGAAACAGUACUCCAUUGCAUUCUCUUCUCUCCCUCUCUGCAUAAUAUAACCAAACAACAAAUCUCCCCUCUCCCUCUCCUUUCUUCUUCACACUCACAACGUGAAUUCCCACUCUCUUCUUCCCAAUCCCAACCUUCAUGUCUGUGCCCUUGGAGCAUGAUUACAUAGGCUUCUCGCCACCACCAGCAGAAGAAACUUCCAUGGAGAAAACAGGGGAUAUCAAACCCAUCUCUGCUCUCACCAUGAACAUGGAAGCUACCGAGUUGAGGCUCGGGUUACCCGGGUCCCAGUCCCUCCAGCGAGACGACAACGGCAGCCCGGAGCUCUGCAUCGCCCUGCCCAGCUGCAAGUCCUCUGUUUCCAGGCCCAAGAGGGGCUUCUACUUCGCCAUCCAUGGAGGCUCCGGCAACUGGGUUUUCUCCUCACCUGACACCAAUUUUUCCUCUCCCAGAAACAACCCAUCCGCCGUUGCGAAUUCCGAGUCCGGUCAGGACGGCGGGCUGCCGAAUCAGUCGUCGCCGGCUCCUCAGCCGGAGAAGAAGAAUGGUCAGGCUGCCGGUCCAGCUUCUAAGGCACAAGUGGUGGGAUGGCCGCCAAUUCGUUCGUUUCGGAAGAACACCAUGGCUUCCCAUCCUACUCCGAAGAACAGUGACGUGAUGGAAGGAGGCGACCACCAUCCACAGUCUGGGGGAUCAGCAUCAUCAUCAUCAUCAUCAUCAUCAUCAGAUUGUUUGUACGUCAAGGUCAGCAUGGACGGAGCGCCGUAUCUCAGGAAAGUAGAUCUCAAGACUUAUGGCGGCUACAAGGACCUCUCUCUUGCUCUCGAAAACAUGUUCAGCUGCUUCACUAUUGGUCAAUGCGGGUCUCAUGGCGUUGCUGGGGGAGACGGAGUGAGCGAGAGCCGACUGGUAGAUAUUCUUCAUGGUUCCGAGUAUGUACUCACCUACGAAGACAAAGAUGGUGACUGGAUGCUUGUUGGUGAUGUUCCUUGGAAGAUGUUCAUCGACUCCUGUACAAGGCUGAGGAUCAUGAAGAGCUCCGACGCCAUUGGCCUAGCACCAAGAGCGUUUGAGAAAGUGCAAAAGCAGCAACUAGCUUGACUGAAUGCAGAAACCCUUAUGAUACUGCUGCCAAUUUGGAUUUUGGUUCAUGGAUCCAAACAGAAUCAGGAUCCACACCACUUUUUUGUCUCUACUUUGGCAUAUAUAUAUAUCUCUUAAUAUUGAUCUAUAGUGUUUGUAUUAGAUUCAAAACUUGUUAAGUAAAACCCAAGUUUGCUUGGAUUCAGAUGUGUAUUAUUAUUUGUGCUGAUUUCUGGAUAUCAUCAUAAAUGUGCUCCCCCCUUCUGCCUGCAAUUAUUAUUAUUAUUAUUGUGUGUAAAGUUUGUUUCUUUGCUGCAGCUAGUAGCCUCUCACACUCACUCCUUCGCCCUUUCCUCAUCUUUUCUUUUCCCCCAUUUUUCUGCCUUUUGUCCCUCACUGUGGGCUGUGAAAAGAAGCAAAAGGAAGUGAGAGAGGGAGGGGAAUGGGAAGGUGGAUGGGUUGUUGGGGGACAAAUUCAAUUGCCAAAAGCCCACCAAAUGGGGUAUAGUCUAGUCUAGUCUAGUGCAGUCUAAUACUGGAGAGAGUUGAUGGAUUGAAUGAUUUGAUAGGCGGGUGCAUUGUGGUGCAGAAUUCUUUCUUUUCUUCUUCAGGAACCAAUGGAACCGAGGCAGCCAGGGUGGUGUUGUUUGUCUCAAUCUGUGAAUGGUUAAAAGAGUUGCUGUUACUGUAGACAGAGCUGUGAAUGAUUGUGGAAGUGAAAUUUCUCUGUCUGGUGGAUUCAUGAACGAUCUUUGUGUAAGGGGGAAAUUGAUGUGAUGUGGAUGUGGAUGAAUGAGUCUUCAAUGGGCUGUAAUGUAAAUGAAAUGAAACGAGGUUUUGGCUCCAUUGUUCAGGGGAUAGGUAGGCCGAGGAGGAGUAGAAACAAAACUGGGGAGCAGGUUUUUGGGGGGCCUUUCUUUGUGGCUCAUGUCAGGUAUUUGUCGUUUGGUAAUGGUGGAGUGGAGGUCUUUCAAUGGCGUGGGUGGGGGGACUAAUCAGGGGUUCAAUCUAUCCCAAAAAGAAGAUGAAGGGAUAACUCCAAUUUCAUGUCAUCGUUCUUCCAUUUAAACAAAACUCAUUGAUGUUUCCUAAAGUUGGAGUGACACACAUAAUUUCAUGUUCAAGCCAAGUAAGUCUCUUUGCAUAACAUAUCGACUUCCAUUGUUCUUAGGCGUCUGCAAUCACAAUUAGAGGUUGGCUCUUCGGUUGACUUGGUUCGUUACUUCUUUGACGAUCAAGUAAGUCGGAUGAGUUUUUUAGAAAGAUGAGUGUUAGUGUUCGAUAGAUAAAAAACAACCCUUUGAAAUGCGAUCACCUUCCUACUAUUUUUAGUUGGACAAGUUGUGAAAAUCGUAGUAUAAAUGUGUCGGUUGCUAUCACAAUAUUUGACUUCCCAACAACAAAGUACUAUUGCAGACCAUGUCGGACACCUAACAUAAUAUUUUGUUCUUAACACCUGCACUAUCAUUUGACUAAGUCAGAGAUGCUUGGGAAAAAAUCCAAAACUACCACUGUUAAAAAAAUUACAAAAAUACCACCCAUUCCCAACAAUUUCCAAAAAUACCAGCGUUUAUUAAAAACCGCGCCUCUAAGGGGCGGUUAAUAUAUAAACCGCGCCACCAGGGUGCGGUUUACAUCAGAAAUGGCUGGUCAACAGGCGAUUUUCCAUUUCAGGUAAAACCGUUCCUCAAAGGCGCGGUUUAUAUGGCUUCCCUACCACAAAACGCUUCGUGAGGAAGCGUUUAUUUGUCGGCUUGGUAAACCACACCACCAGGCCGCGGUUUACCAUGUGCAGACAUAAACCGCUCCCCCCACUGGCGGUUUGUGCAAAGUAAACCGCUGCCCCAAGGCGCGGUUUGUGCCUGGUCACCCGACAUCCAACAUAUCGGCAUGCAGGGGGUGGGGCUGCAUGGCAGACCUAACCCCCCUCCCGAUUUGUACUGUAAAAUUCGCCUAUAAAAGGUUGUUCCAGAG